UGCAGAGAGUAAGACAAUAGCUAAGCUAAUCUUUAAGACCUUCAUCCCAUUAGUAAGAAAAGAAACACCAUGCAGCCUUAAGCUAUAUCCCUUUCUUUUCACAGACCUGACCUUUCAUGCAUAGCUCUUUGAAUUCUCAUAAGAUUACCAAAUAUAUACAAUAGAAAACAUCAAAAGUUUUAUAAAUAUUUUAUAACAGAAUACAAAAAUUAAUGGAGGCUGCAAACGUUUACACACAAGAUGGCACCGUGGACCUCCAAGGCCGUCCCGUCCUCGCGUCCAAGACCGGCCGUUGGAGAGCUUGCUCUUUCCUUCUUGUCUUGUGUGUGUGAGAAGGGUAUGAAGCGUUUGAGCGGAUGGCGUUUUACGGAAUAGCUUCGAACCUGGUGAAUUAUUGACAACAAGACUUCAUGAAGACACGAUCUCUUCGGUUAGAAAUGUGAAUAAUGGUCCGGUGCCGUUUGGAUCACCCCGAUCGCCGGAGCUUACAUCGCCGACUCAUACAUCGGUCGCUUCUGGACUUUUACUGCCUCCUCUCUCAUCUAUGUCCUGGGGAUGAUUCUCUUAACAAUGGCGGUAACGGUAAAAUCCUUAAGACCGACAUGCGCAAACGGGGUAUGCAACAAAGCAUCCUCUUUACAAAUAGCAUUUUUCUACAUGUCUCUCUAUACCAUUGCCAUUGGAGCUGGUGGAACAAAACCGAACAUUUCCACGUUUGGAGCGGACCAAUUCGACAAUUACAGCCUUAUAGAGAAAAAGCAAAAGGUUUCAUUCUUCAAUUGGUGGAUGUUCAGCUCUUUCUUGGGUGCAUUAUUCGCGACAUUAGGGCUUGUCUACAUCCAAGAGAAUGUUGGGUGGGGUUUAGGUUAUGGUAUCCCUACAGUAGGACUCUUGGUUUCUCUCCUUGUGUUCUAUAUCGGCACACCAUUUUAUAGACAUAAGGUCAUCAAAUCAGACAAUUUGGCCAAAGAUUUGGUUAGAGUCCCUAUCAUGGCAUUCAAAAACCGAAAGCUUAACUGUCCUAGUGCCGUUUUGGAGCUUCAUGAGCUUGACUCACAUUAUUACAAAAGCACUGGGAAACAUCAAGUUCAUCACACUCCCAUAUUCAGGUUCUUGGAUAAAGCGGCCAUUAUGACAUGUUCGGGAGAGUUACCUUGUACAGUGACAAAAGUGGAAGUGGCAAAGCGUGUGCUAGGGCUUACCUUAAUAUGGCUUGUCACUUUAAUCCCAAGCACCUUAUGGGCACAAGUGAACACUCUCUUCGUCAAACAAGGGACCACCCUGGACCGAAAACUCGGAUCCCACUUCCAAAUCCCUGCGGCUUCGCUGGGAAGUUUUGUUACACUCUCAAUGCUUCUUUCAGUGCCAAUGUAUGACCAAUACUUUGUUCCCUUCAUGCGCAAGAAAACCGGAAAUCCUAGGGGGAUCACUAUACUCCAAAGGCUAGGGAUAGGGUUUGUGAUCCAAAUUGUUGCAAUCGCGGUUGCUUCAGCGGUAGAGGUCAAGAGGAUGCGAGUGAUAAAGGAAUUUCACAUAGCUAGCCCGAAAAAUGUUGUGCCUAUGAGCAUUUUCUGGUUGCUCCCUCAGUACUCACUUCUAGGCAUUGGGGAUGUGUUCAACGCGAUUGGUUUGCUUGAGUUUUUCUACGACCAGUCACCUGAGGAGAUGCAGAGCCUUGGAACGACGUUUUUUACGAGUGGGAUCGGUCUUGGGAACUUCUUGAAUAGCUUCUUGGUGACUAUGGUUGAUAAGAUCACGAGUAAAGGAGGAGGGAAGAGUUGGAUUGGGGAUAAUUUGAAUGAUUCAAGGCUAGAUUACUAUUAUGGGUUUCUAUUGGCGAUUUCGAUUGUCAACAUGGGUUUGUUCUUGUGGACAGCUAGCAAGUAUGUUUACAAGAGUGAUGAGAUCAAAGAGUUUAGUGGAGGAUGCGUUGAAAUGGAGGCCAAAGCCUUAGACACAUCACCUCUUACUAUCCAACUAUAACUAUGCGAUACAUGUAUAUAUGGUUUUCAAGAAAAUUUGUAAGUUGUGGUAUUCUGAUAACAUGAUAUGACGAAUAAAACUUUAGUGUUUAUUCUAAACAAUCAAUUAAAAUUGGAAGAAUGAAGCAAUUACUCAAGUUCUA